AUGUUUCGCUCGGAUCUCACACAGGCGGAUCCCACGCACCUGUGCGCCGGCGAGUGGGCCUCUCUAAGCACCUGCGCCCCCUCAGAUGGCUCUCAGCGCGGAGCUCAGAGCACCAACCACAGCCGCCGGGCAGCAGGGGCGGCGGUGACUGCACCACAGAAAGAUAAGAAGAAACAAUAUUAUUUUUCUGAAUCCAAUUUAUUAAAAGAGUGCUUACUGAAGUCACUAUAUUUUGUGGAUUUGUGCCAAAUUCUUUCUGUUCAAGUCAGUCUCUACACCUCAGAUCCAGAUGUGGUGGUGUUCCUCCUCCUUUCCUGUAGGGCGUCUCCAGCCUAUGACCUGACCAAGAGUGUGGAUUGAGAUGAGACCUGUAAGAUGUACUCCUCAUCUGGACACUACAGAAGGUUCCAGUUUAAUCGUUUUAAAUUCUUGAGAAUUCUUGUGCAUCUCCAGCGCAGGGUUUGACAUGUGGUAGGAGUGAUCAUCGGUUCUUGCCGUCACCAGAGCCGUGACUCUAGAAGGAAAGGGAACAAUUCUCUGACUAAUUUUGUCAUAGGACCCAUUUGUCUGAAAAGGGAGAGAUGUACAAGUAGAAAUUCAGGAUUCCAGUCUUAAAUACACACAGAAGCAGCUCUGAGUCAACCUUUCAACAGUCUGCCUCUCUCGUUCAUGGUCCUUGCUCUGAGUGCUGUGAAUGUGGCUACAAUCAUAGGGGGGCUUUUUGUGAGCCAGAGAACAGACUAGAAACACCAGAAGCUGCAGAAUGAGUAACUAAAGGGUCAGUCUCAAGUUGAGGCGCAUGUCACCUGAUGCUAAAAAAAAAUGCUGCCUCCUAGAUCCAUCAUGAACAAAUUAGGCAGAGCUUCAUAAAGUGGGAGAAAACCUCACAAACCAAAUUAAAGAAAAUUAAAGAAUAAAAAGAGAGUCUCCUUCUGUGAGACCUGCAUGCUGAACCUUUAGUAGAUACACAUGUCUGCUCUGCGUGCUGUUUUCUAGAAUGUCCCGCAGCUUAAAUAAAAUGGGGAAAUGGAUUCAGUAUUAGUUCCUUUCUAUAUUUUUCAUGCACAGCAUCUAGGCUGUCUGUCAUGUAUGAGGUUGAACCCCAAUCUUCUAUCGCUGGAAAAAAGCAUUUCCACACGUAUUUCUUUAAAGCACUCUUCUUAAGAGCCAGCAUUUUACAGAGAGGAUAUUACACUAGCAACAUCUCACUCCGAGGUCCUUAGUGGAGGUGACCACAUUUCCUCUUUUGUUAUUAAACUAGGGAGGGAGCCCGAGAUGGAUAAAACAAGAAGGAACUGGAUGCCAAGACAAAUUUCCCUGUUCCCUGAGCUCUCCGGCCAAGGAACGUGGGUUGACGGAUUGGCUCCCCUUUUGCUGGGCAUAUAAAGGCACAGUGUGGAAUUCCUGCACUUCGGGAAUCUGAAGCUGUCUUCCAGGUGCAUGGAGAGUACAUUGAGGCAGCCAUUCAGUGCCUUUUUGUCAUGUUUCAGGUGAUGGGUGGCUCAGUGCCCUAGAGUUUGUGUGAAGUCAGAAAGACCCCGGGAGGUCUAGGAGAUCAAAACCUGCCCGUUCAAUGGUCCCCACCUGAAACCCGGGGAGGCGGCUGUGACUCAGCUUCCAUGUCAUCA